AAUAACGCGGGGGAUACCACCUCAAAGUGUCUAAUUAUCCCUACACAAUGUUCAAGCCCUCAGUUUUGGGACAUUUGUGAAAUGGCGGAGGCCCGAGGGGAAUUUGAAGGGGGUGAUUUGGGAUUGGCCCUAGGUCUCUACACACGCUAACGUUAGCUAGCUACUAGCAUAGGACGAUCUGAGGAAACGUUUCAGAUUUCUUCAGGUCUUGAUUUUCACGUUUGACUCAGACCAUACUACUAGCUGGUCUAAGCAAAGGUCAGGAACAACCCCUCAGAAAACAUCUCACUAGUGACCAUUCAUGAACAACCACUCCUCAGCAGAAUGAUGAAACACACACACAGCUGGUGCCAGACACCCCCCUCAGUCACUGUGAGAAUCAAACCCAACACAGCACACACCCUCCAGGUCAAGCGAGGCUUGCGGCUGAAGAGACCCAACCUGCAAGAGGCCCAGGGGCCGCCGGGCAAGAGUCAACCCAGCCAACGUCAAAUCGAGGCCGCAAAGGGCAAAAUCAUAUGGGGCCCGACGCUUGUCAUUCAACGAGACGAGAUGGCAGCCUUCUUCAGGCUUUUUGAUGACGAUCUGAUACAAGACUUUCUGUGGAUGGACUGCUGUUGCAAAGUCACAGACAAGUACCUUCUAGCUAUGGCGUUUGUCUACUUCAAGAGGGCUCGCUUCAGUAUGGGCGAGCACAACAGAACAAACUUUUUCAUUGCACUAUACCUAGCCAACACCAUGGAGGAGGACGAGGAGGAGAGCAAGUAUGAGAUCUUCCCAUGGGCGCUGGGCAAGACCUGGAGGAAGCACUUCCCUCGCUUUCUCAAGCAACGGGACAAGCUGUGGGCGCGCAUCGAGUACCGGGCUGCUGUCAGCCGCCGCUGCUGCGAGGAGGUGAUGGCCAUCGUGCCUACCCACUUCAUCUGGCAGCGGGAGCGCGCUGAGCACCACAGUGGUGCUCAGCGGUUCUACAUUGGCGACCGGGAGAAGGUCCACAUGCCCCGUGGGCCCUCCGCCUCCCCUGCCCCCUGUGCCCUCUGCGCCCAGAGCUCUGGCCUGGGCCUCUCUUCCUCCUCGGCCUCUGGAUCCUCCACCUCCCUUACGCCCUCCUCCCCGCUACCCUUUGCCCUGGCCCUCUCCCUGGAGACCACUCCACCCAGGGCCCAGGCUUCAUCCUCCCGCAGACCGUGCCAAAUAAAGACCAAGGUCCAAACCAAGGCCCAGCGCCGCUACUGCUGCACCGAGGAGGCCCCAAGGAACGAGUCUUAUUAUGGAGCAGGACACGACCCGUCUAUGGACUGGAUCAACGAGGAGUAGAAUAGUACUACAAAGAACCAACUCAGGACUACAUUUACCAUCCCUGGUCCUGUGAUGCACUGAUACCCUAUGUGUGCUUACUUUUCAUUCAUAUUUCGUUUUCAUAACAUCUACAGAAUGCCAAUUUACUGCUCUACCUCGAUUAGGUGGUUUAAAUGGAAACUAGCAUCCACGGGGGACUAAAUCCUAUCUUGAGGAUUUGUGUAACUCAACAUGUAAUUAUAACUCGUAGGUGUUACUCAAACUUGAGUGUAGUUUGUCAUUGAUGUCAUGUGUCAUUUCUCAAGUUAGGAAUUGGUUCAGGGCUUCUUGGAUCAGGGUUUAACUUUAUCGUUGCUGUAGGUAAGGGCAAGUAACAUUUCCCUCAACUGUCCUGACAGGCCUCAUUCCACAGGCCAUGAAAUGUGAAACAUGUCAGUUAAAACAUUUACUUCACUUUAUGUUCUGUGUAUACUUUUUACAUAAAAAACCUGUACAAAGAUUUGUCAAAUUCUCGGCGCCGUCAGCUGUGUAGUAAAUCGGACUGUCAUUGCUUGAAAAAAAAAAAAGCACAUUAAUCCUUUAAGGUGCACACACUUGAUUUAACAUAUAAUUGAUUAAUCACUCAAAACACUUGUUUAUUUAUUUGCUGGAGCACUUCAAGGUCUUGCACAGUUAGUGGUGGGCACAUUGGUUGAAUAUUUGGAUCCUGUAAUGGACUAUUUGGAUCCUGUAAUGGACCAAUUCCUUAAAUGUAAAUCUGCUGGAUGGAUAUGUACAGCAUUUGAUCCAUGAGUGAAGGCUUUAUUGGCCAAUGGGGUUGUUCUGUGAUACUAAGGUGCCAGUCAAAUGGCAUUUCAAUAAAGGCUUCUUAUGUCCCCAUUA